AUGUCAUUUAGCUGUUCAGGAGGGAUAACUGAUUACAACAGGUGGGCGGGCCAGGAGCUGUUGUCCAAUGGGCUGUGUCAGUACGGGACCAGGGUGGAGUGCUGCUGGGGCUGGAGAAGGGCUUCCUGGGGGCACUGCCAACCUCUGUGCCAACAGGAGUGUAAGCAUGGAGAGUGUGUCGGACCGGAUAAAUGCAAGUGCCAUCCAGGAUACACUGGCAAGACCUGCAAUCAAGAUCUGAAUGAAUGUGGGCUAAAACCCAGACCAUGUAAACAUCGCUGUAUGAACACACAGGGCAGCUACAAGUGUUACUGUCUAAAUGGAUACAUGCUGCAACCUGAUGGAACCUGCAGGAAUGCCCGUACCUGUGCCAGGGCCAACUGUCAGUACGGCUGUGAGGUUACCAAAGGGGUGGUGCGAUGCCAGUGUCCGUCUCUAGGGUUACGGCUGGGGCCAGACAGACGCACCUGUGUGGAUGUUGACGAGUGUGUGGGGGGUCGAGGGGUGUGUCCCCAGAACAGGAAGUGUCAGAACACCUUCGGCAGCUAUGUGUGUAAAUGUUACCAUGGUUACAAACUCACCUAUAUCAACGGCAGAUACCACUGUAUAGAUAAGGAUUCUCGUUCCUUCUGCUCCCUCAACCCUGCCUCUCCCAAGUGCCUCUGUAGAGAAGGGAAGGGAACGGACUGCUAUCAGUUGAGUCUAAAGGGAGAGUUAGUAACUGUCUCUGUGAAUCCUAUGAGAGUUGAGUCUAAAGGGUCUCCUCCCUCCACCCUCUCCCCAACCACCCCCAGGCCUCCUCCCUCCACCCUCUCCCCUACCACCCCCAGGCCUCCUCCCUCCACCCUCUCCCCUACCACCCCCAGGCCUCCUCCCUCCACCCUCUCCCCAACCACCCCCAGGCCUCCUCCCUCCACCCUCUCCCCUACCACCCCCAGGCCUCCUCCCUCCACCCUCUCCCCAACCACCCCCAGCCCUCCUCCCACCACCACCCUGGACAACCACAUUCAGAAGGUUGUUACACAGAGACAGAGAGGAGAUGUGCACAUCCCCCGUCUUCCAGGAGGUGGAAACCAUGGCUUUGACUAUGACAUUGAGAUGGGAAACACUACAGGGGACAACAGAGACGAUCCAGGGGCCGGUGCUCUGAGCUGUUCGUUUGACCACGGUCUGUGUGGCUGGAUCAGAAACAGAGAUGGAGACCUGCACUGGGAGACAGCCAGCAGCCCUGCAGGUGGGCGGUACAUGUCUGUUCCAGAGGUAGGGGCGGGGAAACUGAGCAUUCAAGGCGCACGAUUGGUCCUUCCCUUAGCCCCGCCCUGGAGCGAGGGUCACUUGUGCUUCUCCUUCCGUCAUUGGCUAUCAGGUCACCAUGUGGGUGUGCUUCAGCUGUUCGUCAGGAGGAAGGGUUUGAGAUAUAGCCCCGCCCUCUGGAGCCGGACGGUGGGAGAAGGGUGGAGACAUACACAGAUCACACUGUGGAGAGCAAGCCUGGAGAGUGUCCUUCUGAAAGGAGAGAGGAGGCGUGGCCACAAAGGAGAGAUCGGAUUGGACGACGUUAGCCUGAGGAGAGGAGCCUGCAGAGAGGAGAGACUCUAACACACACAGACUCUGGCACUUCAGUCGACUUUACGUAAUACAUUACAACAUUUUGUAACUUCAAGGCCGGAGGAACUCUUAGAUCAAAUGUAUUGAUAACUGAUCAGAUAUUUUGAGUUUGUCCAGUGAUAAUUAUUGAUAUUGUAUGAUAACGAUUUGGCUGUAUCAGCUGAUUUUAUUAGUAAAGACAAAGAUUGGUCAAAAUGCAUUUUGGAUAUGUUUGAUGUAUUAUUCUAUUAACAAAUACAGUCUGGGUCUGAGGUACAGUAUGUUACUACCACAGAGCCCCUUCUGAGGUAUGUUAGUACCACAGAGCCCAUUCUGAGGUAUGUUACUACCACAGAGCCCAUUCUGAGGUGUGUUAGUACCACAGAGCCCAUUCUGAGGUAUGUUAGUACCACAGAGCCCAUUCUGAGGUAUGUUAGUACCACAGAGCCCAUUCUGAGGUGUGUUAGUACCACAAAGCCCAUUUUGA